AUGUCUGAAGCGAAUGCAGUGAAUCCAACAACGCUGUCUGCGAACGCGCAGCCGGCAGUUGACGAAGCGGUUGAAGUGAAAACACCGACAAAACGUACACCAAAGAGAAAAGCGGAUGCGUUUCAGAAAGAGAGUGAAGAGUUAUUGAAAACACUCGGUGUCUCGGUGGAUAUGGAGGACGGACGUCGGCGUACGCGCUCAAGCGCACGAGGAGGCGGUGUUGUUGCGACACCGGUAACACCGGCCACCCCACCCGCCAAGAGAGCACGUGGUACAACGACCACACCGAAACGAGGGCAGGAGGCAGAAGCGGCCACCACUCCUAACUCGAAGACUGCGACACCGAAAAAACGUGGCCACGUAGAGCCCAAGAAUCUGAUGAAAUCCCACGAACCUGAGGAGGAACCCCAAGAAUCUGUCGUGGAUAGUACAGAUUCGGCAGCCGAAGCUGCUAAAAUGGACACUGCCAAACAGCCUGAGCCCAGCGUGGUUGUCAAGGCUGAUAAACCGCCCCAAUCAGAUGGAGUGGACACGGUGGAGAAGGUUGUUCCGCAGCAGGAUGGAGAUAAAAAGGAAUUAGCUGCAUCUGAAACUAAGCAAAGCACCGCUGAGGUGGAGCCUACUCCGGAUAGAAAAGUAGAAGAACGUUCGUCAGCACAAAAGCCUGCCGUCGAGGAGGUCCAGACGAAAGAAGAGGAUAAGACGACGAAAAAUGAUGUACAAAGUAAGGCAGUUGAUGCCGGAGCAUCACAGACGGAUGGCGCUCCCGUGGAGGAAAAAAUGGAUGUUGAUGUUGUUAGCGGCGACAAGUCAUCGGAAGCAGCAAAUGAUGCUCCUCAAGCCAACGUUUCCAAGACG